AUGGCCAUAAUCCCUGCUCCUGGUGCUCCUGGUGCUGGCCCUGCUCCUGCUCCUGCCUUUGCCCCCGCUCCUGGCCCUGCGGCUGCUCCUAUUCCUGCUCCUGCUCCUGCUCCUGCUCCUGCUCCUGCUCCUGCUCCUGCUCCUGCUCCUCCUCCUGCCCCUGCUCCUAUUCCUCCUCCUGCUCCUAUUCCUCCUCCUGCUCCUAUUCCUCCUCCUAUUCCUGCUCCUGUUCUUCCUCCUGUUCUUCCUCCUGCUCCUGCUCCUGCUCCUAUUCUUCCUCCUAUUCCUCCUCCUAUUCUUCCUCCUGUUGUUCCUCCUGCUCCUAUUCUUCCUCAUAUUCCUCCUCCUAUUCUUCCUCCUGUUUUUCCUCCUGCUCUCCCUCCUGCUCUCCCUCCUAUUCUUCCUCCUAUUCUUCCUCCUGCUCUUCUCCCUGCUUUUCCUCCUGUUCUUCCUUCUGUUCUUCCUCCUACUCCCCUUGAUACUCCUGCUCCUACUGCUGCUCCCGACCCUGACCCUGCUCCUGCUCCUGCUCCUACUGCUGCUCCCGACCCUGAUCCUGCUCCUGCUCCUGCUCCUGCUCCUGCUCCCGAUCCUGCUUCUGAUCAUCCUCCUGUUCUUGCUCCCUAUACUCCUUAUGUGUUGGGUGGUGGUAUUCCUCCUGAUCCUGCUCCUUCCCUUCCCUUUUUGAACCGCUUCCCUCCUAAUCGAACGCUGACUGCAUUUUAUCCCCCUCGUAACCCUCCCGGUGAGAGGCCUACUAUUCCCGCUGCUCGUCCAGCUCCCCUGCCUGCCCCUCCUGUCCUCCCUGCCCUUCCUGACCCUGCUCUUACAGCCCGUGAUCCCGAGGGAGAGGACCCCGAGGGAGAUGAACAAGCCGACUAUGAAAAGCUCUUCGGUGGUGGGGAUGACAUGUAG